AGCGACUUGGCGAGAGGAGAUGGGCCGACAGUUCCCACUCCUCGCUGUCGACCACGAGUUCUCCCGGGUUUUCCUCCUGCACCAGUCACACACACACACACACCAGUGAGUGAGAGUUAAGUGAGAGAUGUGGGUGACGCUACUGCUGGGGGCGCUGGUGGUGGUCCUGGUGUACGCCAUCACUCACCAGCCAGACGACCGAGGGAUGCCACCAGGACCGAAAGGCCUCCCUCUCGUCGGUAACCUCUUCGACCUUCUCUGGGAGGACUCCAUCCAUUACUUCAGCAGGUUGGCUGAGACCUAUGGGCCACUGUACAGCGUGCAACUGGGUCUGCGUCGUGUGGUGGUGAUCAACUCCUCCCACUGGCUGACUCAAGCCUUCGUCAGGCAGGGCGACAUGUUCAACCACCGACCCAGGGGCACCGUCCUUAGCUUUAUCAUGGGCGGUAAAGGUAUCGCUGACUCAGAGGACCGGGUGUGGCGGGAGUCUCGACGCUUCACCCUCCACGUCUUGAGGGACUUCGGCAUGGGUAAGAGCUCCGUCGAGGCUUACGUCAACCGGGAGCUGCACGACUUCCUGGAGGCCACACAGAAAAGGGUUGGCCAGCCCUACAACCUGCACUACGACCUGGCCACCUCCGUCCUCAACAUAGUGUGGCACAUGUUCGCGGGUGAGAGAUUCGCCAUGGGAGACAAGACCUUGAGAUGGAUCGUCGACUCAAUAGAGAAGUCCCUCACGCUGGUGGAACAGGGAGGCUUCCUUAACUACACUCCUAUGCUGCAGUUCGUAGGAACUUUCAUGAAGCCAAAGGCAGUGAAGGUGGGGCUCAACGUGCAGCAUCGCCUCAAUUACAUCACUGAGCUGAUUGAGAAACAUCGAGCUAAUUUGGACAAUCCAGAACGAGGUUUCGACUUCAUUUACCAGUAUCUGUUGGAACAGCGGCGGCAGCUUCAACAGGGCAAGACAGACACCGUCUUCACCGACAACCAACUCAAGUGGCUGGUGAGCGAUCUGUUCAUCGUGGGUCUGGACACCACAGUCACCACACUCCGCUGGUGUUUCCUCUUCCUCGUCCGUCACCCAGAGAUCCAAGACAAGAUCUUCCAGGAGCUUGAGGCCAACAUCGGCGUAGAUCGCUUGCCAACGUACGAGGACCGCCUGAGGAUGCCUUACACUGAGGCCUUCCUGACGGAGGUUUUUCGUUACGGGUCCAUCACGCCUCUCGCCCUCCACGGCAACCCAGAGGAGACAACACUGGGUGGGUACCGCAUACCCAAGAGGUCCUGGGUCAUCGGCAACAUUUGGGGUAUUCACUGGGACAAGAAGGUGUGGGGUGAUCCUGAGAUCUUCCGACCGGAGAGGUUCCUGAACGAAGAGGGUCAGCUGAUUCGCUCGGAACACGUCUUGCCUUUCUCUGUUGGUCGCAGAAACUGUCUGGGUGAAUCACUGGCACGGAUUGAGGCCUUCCAGUUCCUGACGGGGAUGCUGCAGAAGUACGAGCUUGGUGUUCCUGAGGGCAACACCAAACCCUCGACCAAGUUCCACUGUGGCGUCACCCUUAACCCUUGCGAGUUUGAGAUUCUUCUUACUGAGAGAUCUGCCCAAGCUGGCUAGACUGUGUGUGUGUGUGUGUGUGUGUGUGUGUGUGUGUGUGUGAUAGCAGUAUAGAAGUAACUGUUAUCCAACACCAACUUCACUGGCUCGGACACGUCAUAAGAAUGCCUGAAGAGCUUCAACCAACUGCAUGAGGGUCGACGUUUUACUGACGGCCCACAGAAACGCUACAAGGACCAGACUAAGAAAGCAAUGAAGAAAAGUCAAGAACACGUCUACCUUGUGAGCAACGUCGAAGGAGGCAUGCGCGUGUGGCCUUGUCUCCGCCCCCCUACCCAGACUAUACAGUACAUGGCCUGUUUGUAAUAAGCAGUGUGUGUCAAGGACUGGACGCUACAGCCAUCAUAGGACUCACCAAUAAACCAGAAGAGGAAGUAAUCAUCGCACACAAUGGACUACCACAAGUAAACAAGUAUGAUAGGGGAACAAUGGCUUUAUGAAUGGCAAGAUUAUUUAGAAGGACUCGAAAUGUUGAUUAAUUAUGAUAUGUUAACAAUACAGUAUUUUGUCAGUCUGUUGUAGGAGGAACCGUUUUAUUGUCAUACACACACACACACGCACACUUGCUCAGGGGAAGUCCAAAAGUUUACAGCAUUUGUUAGGUAAACAUAUUUGAUAUGUUUGUCAGACGGAAGACUCUCUGACUCGGUUAUAAGCAGUAAUACACGGACACCAUAAAGCCACCCCGAGUCUGAGUAACUUGUUGAGUCAUAGUAAUAAUAAGUGGCCGAGUGGGUACAAGUUUUGCCUCCCGCCCUGUGGUUCGCGCCCGAGGCAUCCUGAGUUAAUUUAGUAAGGUGUUAUUAGGACUGCGACGUGCGAUACAGUCAUUUUGUCAUUGUCUUUAGUUGGGGAAAUAAAGACGGUGGAGGUCAACGCGGCCAAACUGCCUCCCUGUGCACCAGUAACGGGACGUGGGGUCUAAGGGGUCCAUUUGGAUCUCCCAUAGAUGAUUCAUGAUGGUGCUGAAGUAGACUCUAGUUGUUGAGUUACUUACUUUCUCAUGUUUUCGUAGUAUUAUUGUUCGCUUUAAGAAAAGACCUACAGUCAGGAGAUACAAAAGUAAGACAGGUGUACCUACAGAGUUACGACUGUUGGCCAUACGUUAAGGCCACACCUGCUGUACGCCACACUGUGUCUACUGGCGGCUUGGACUACAUAACCAUACCUCGAACAACCAAGCGAAUAGUUUCCGUCUGUCACCGCUUCAGCCUCUAUUGUAAUCCUGUCUUAUUUACAUCCCCGGAGUCUGUAUUCAUUAUAAGAUAUUAAUAUAUAAUUCACCAUAACAUUCAUCAACAUUCAUCAUUGAUUCAUUCAAGGUCAGUCGGUUGCACUGUACCUGACACACACACACCUGUACAGUCAUCCUCGUGGCGGGAACAAUAAACAACGACUCACAUAAUUAUUUCCUCUUCAGUCACAUCAGAAGGAACUGGAUAAAAUUUUUCCACCAAUCUCAUCACAAAUUUACCCAUCAACCUAUAAUUACAUUUUACUGUCGGGUCUUGUAACAGCAGCCAGUAGCGUCAGUAAAACAGGUUCUAAAAUAUGAGUUAACGCCACGAGUACUAGUCAACACUGAGUCACUGUAUCACGUCAAUGGGUGAAUCUCCUGUAUAUCGUGUGAUGGGGUCAUGGCUGCCAGAGGAUGAAUCACCUUUACCAAUUCACACAGCAUCUUUAUCAUAGUCUCAUAAAUAGCUGUUUUAAGAUUCUGUCACACAUCAAAGCUUAAUGUUAUGUAUGUUCAAUUAGUAUGGAAGUCAUAUAGGCUUUUAAUCACAUAAUAUUAUUGAAUCUUCACGUAAAUAAACUUGUAAGUAUAAUGUAAUUGAUGAUCUUCCUCCUGGCCAAAACAAUACGCUAAGUCACUGUAUAAGAAAUGUAGACUUUACCUCACAAACCUCUCACGAGUUCAGGUGUAGGGAGCAGGUAUACCUAUAUAUCACCUCACUAUAUACCUGAGUGAUUGUUGUAGCUCAAAUAUAUUCACAAAUAAAACUAAAAAAAAUCUAUGAAUAAUUAUGUAAAAAAUUUCUUAUAAACUGAUGUACUUAUAUACUCAUGAGGUGUAUCCUAAUUAGCUAAUGAGGUCAACCUUUGUAACUUGACCCAACCUAUGUGGUGGGAACGAGAGAUCAUAACCUCCUCGAUAAAUGUAAGUUAAGUGAAAAUAAUGUUAA